AUGAAGAUGAAGAUGGGAGGAACUACUCUGCAGAAAGCUUUUAUUCUCUUGGUUUCUUUAUCUUUGUUGGGAUUAUACGCAGCCAAUGGAGCACAUUUGCGCCAUGGUCACGGUCAUCAUGGUGGAAGGCAUUUACAACAUUCACAUCAUCAUGCUUAUGGCCGGCAUUUACAACAUUUACACCAGGGUUAUGGUCGGCAUUUACAACAUCUUGAACGCCAUGGGUAUGGCCGAAUUAACCGUUUCCGCUUCCAACAGGGUGGUGACGCCGGUACAAUAUUUAACGUCAAAAGUUUCGGGGCUAAGCCGGACGGCCGGACCGACAAUGUUCAGGCAUUUAUGAAGACAUGGAAUGCAGCUUGCCAAUCGGGGUCGAAAGCAACGGUCCUGAUCCCUGACGGAGUAUUUCUAGUCGGGCAGGUGAUAUUUGAAGGUCCAUGCAAAAGCCCCAUUGUUGUUCAAGUGAAGGGAUAUCUGAAAGCAGUGAUAGAUGUCAGCGAUUACCCUUCUCCUGAAUGGAUUUCGUUUGAACACGUGAACGGCUUGACUGUUACAGGAGGAGGGACCUUAGAUGGCCAAGGCAAAACCGACUGGAAGUAUAAUGACUGCAGCAAAAACGCCUACUGCCAGCUUCUUCCGUCGUCUCUGAAAUUAAACUCCGUCACCAACGGACAAGUUGGGCAGCUCAAGUUGCUGGAUAGCAAAGCGUUCCAUAUGGUAAUUUUAAAAGGCAAAAGCAUUACGGUACAAGAUCUCCAGAUCUCUGCCCCUGAAGACAGCCCCAACACCGACGGCAUUCAUCUCAGUCGCUCCAUUGAUGUCACCAUAUCUAACGUCAUCAUCGGCACAGGCGAUGACUGCAUUUCCAUCGGCCAAGGAUCCAACAAUGUCAACAUCAACCAAGUCUACUGCGGCCCAGGACAUGGCAUCAGCGUGGGCAGCCUUGGCAAGUACGACGACGAGCAGGACGUAAAAGGGGUCACUGUGAAUAACUGCACUCUGGCAAACACACAGAAUGGCCUGAGGAUUAAAACCUGGCCAGGAUCACCGCCGAGCCAAGCUUCAAGCAUAUUGUUUAAGAAUGUCGUCAUGAAGAAUGUUCGGUACCCCAUCAUCAUCGAUCAACAAUACUGUGCAUCGACGUCUCACUGCAGUAACACUAAUCCCUCCAACGUAAAGCUUAGCGACAUUCGAUACCAGAAUAUCAGAGGCACCUCAUCGUCACAGGUUGCAGUCAAGAUCAACUGCAGCCCAGCGGUGCCCUGCAAAGGCCGAUCCGAUCUUGUGAAACUAGGGAAGGAGGCCUUUGACAUGUUGGAUUAUGUUGGAGGUGGUGGCCGGAAGAGAAUGGUUGCUCAACCCGCAGCAGCAGCUUCUGCUGCUGUGGGAGGUGGCUCCUCUCUUGCUGUUCCAGCAGCCCAAUCACCAGAUGAGAUAAUAGACUGCAGACUGUCGGCAAAGGAGUAUGGUAGAGUUCAGAUUAUGGACUUUGGUCCAAGAAACGGGCCUCACGGUCGCAAGGCUUAUUGA